GCUACUUUUGACAUCAGGGAUUCCUCAGAGCUGUAAGACUUGUGACCAUGUUGAGGACUCCACACACUGGCUUCAGAUUGAACCCUUGACUUCCACUGUCCAGGGAGUGACAAUGUUCAGGCACAGGACACCCAAAGGGAGUUAUGAGUGCACAGUGUCUGGUCUCCGCUGGCUGUGUGAGAGAGAUGUCAUUCUGAAGUAUCACUUCAGGAACUGGGAACCCUACAGUCAACUUCUGAAAGACAUGCAGUACACACAAGGUGGUCCAUUGCUGGACAUCACUAUGGAGUUAGGUGAACUGGAGGAAGUUCAUCUGCCACACUGUGUCUGUUUAGGGACCAACCCUUCCCUGAGGAAUGAGAUGAAGAUUCUUCAUGUAGAGGAACAUGGAGUGUCUUUAGAGGAAGUGCAUGAGGUCACCAGAUUCCAUGCUAAGAUUCUCCAUCCCAAGUUCUCAGCUAUCUCUCUGAUACUGAGAUUACUGUCUUGGAACGUAGAUGUCCACUGUGACGUGGUCCUCUAUUUGGCAGUAAAAAGGUCAACAGUAAUUUCAAGGCUGUACCUGCUCCUCAGAAACUCCAGUCAGAAAGAGGCUGUUCAGGAACGGGAGAAAAAUCAGCUGUCCCAAGGAUAUUCAGAAUUGGUCCUGUCAAGUCCAAAUGGGUCCUUAAAGCUGAACAGUUGGUUUGCACUCAAAAAUCCCCACUCCACUUCCAUCAAUCCAGAGAAGAUUCAGCUGUUACCUGCAGACACCACACCAAGCUGUUGUAAGAUGAUCAUGAGAAACACAGGGGUUGACAUUGAGAUGGAGUUAAUCGGGGAUGAUGAGAGGACAGUAUGGAAAUCAGUGGUAUCAAAAGACGAAUACAGCAAAGACUCUCAUCCAACAUCAUUAACACUCUCUGGGAUUCCUGCUGAGGAGUUUCUGAAGAAACACAGGGCUGUACUCAUUCAGGGAGUCAAAAACCCAAUGCCGAUAGCAGAUGUUCUGUCAUCAAAGGACAUGAUUGGUGAUGAAGAGUACUCCAGAAUAACAGCUGAAACAACUGAACAGGAGCGAAUGAGAGAACUACUGAAUGCAGUCCUCCCUAAAGGACCAGAAGUGAUGGGAGCUUGUCUCAAAGCUCUCAGUGAACAUGAACACCAUCUUGUUAAGUACUUGAGUGAAUCUAGCACCUAAUCUGAAGAUGCUGAGGCCUGUCUCCUAGUCUGUGGACAAAGACACUUCUUCACCUAAUCUGAAGAUGCUGAGGCCUGUCUCCUAGUCUGUGGACAAAGACACUUAUCCACCUAAUCUGAAGAUGCUGAGGCCUGUCUCCUAGUCUGUGGACAAAGACACUUCUUCACCUAAUCUGAAGAUGCUGAGGCCUGUCUCCUAGUGUGUGGACAAAGACACUUAAAUGAUUGUAAGGGAAAUUGUUUGCUAUUCUUUUAACAAAUGUCUGUAUUUUAUUCAUGUGCUGUUCUAUAAACCAAUGUGUGUUCAUCAAGUGGCUGACUGUACAAAUCCUCACUAUCAGUAGCUGUAAUUUGGCAGCAAGCCCAGAUGAUGUUUUGAGAACGAGAUAUCUCAGUUUCAAGGUCUCAGCUUAGAGAGAAGAAGACUGGUGAGGUGUUGGUCUGUCAAAUGCUAUGAACCAGUAUUGGUCGGUCACAUGAAUGGAACAAAACGGUAAUGAUGAAUUAAUUAUGUUAAAUCAUGCAAAUAUUACUUGUCUGUGUAUCGCCGUAUAUAAGACAACUGCUGGGUCUGACCAGGGAGAGCUCCUGAUUGACGUGUGUACUAUGGUACAUUGAGUUGGGUCUGCCCAGGGAGAGAUCCUGAUUGACAUGUGUACUAUGGUACAUUGAGUUGGGUCUGACCAGGGAGAGAUCCUGAUUGACAUGUGUACUAUGGUACAUUGAGUUGGGUCUGACCAGGGAGAGAUCCUGAUUGGUUGGAACCUCUCCAGCUCGCUGACAAUAAACAACGAUUCAUUUCAGAUUGACUUCGAGUGUCUCUGUGUGGAAGAAUUUCCACGACAUGAUUUUUGAAAACAAAAUUAAGGGAAUGAAUUGGAAUUAUCUCUUGUUUAUACAGAUGGGGAAGCUGAUAGUCAGGCUAGUCAAAGAUACACACCACGUUGACGUCUUGACCAAAGACCUUCCAUAGAUUCUUUAGGGGAUUACAACUCACUCUGUCUGAAGGAAGUGAGGAAAUGGACUCACUAAAGGGGAUAGCUGAGAAGGCAGAGAAGCCACGAGUCAUCAUCGACAUGGUGUUGAGAAAAGGAACUGAGUCAUGUUCCAGGACGAUCAACCUUCUUGGGGAGCUGGACCCUUAUCUUUGGACAGAGCCUCAGGUCAACAGUUGUAGUCAACCCCUGGGUGUGAGGAGACCAGGCAGAAUAGACAGGCAGGAUGGUUCAACAUGUCCUUGUUGUCUUUUGCUUUAAUUCAGGGUCACAAAAAAUGUACAGAAAAUGUCAAACAAACAUCCUUCUAUAAUAACAAUACACUUACUGAAGGACCAACCACACAGCCUCUCUCCUUCUGCAGCCUCCUGGAAGUGUGGAUCUUCUAGCAGGAGGGUCAGUUAGGGGUCCAGAUAGGUACCUAGUGGAGGACUAUCUAGCAGGAGGGUCA